ACAUUACCCAACACCAUCAUCUUCACGGCGCCCACUGGUCUAUGUACACUUUUCCGUAUUUGUUUUGAUUCAUUGGGCCUACACUUGCUUUUCCUUGCACACCUACUACACCUACCUCUUUGUACUAUGAAUGUUACAGUCAAGAUUUUUUUUUUCGGGGUGCCCAAUUGGCGAAAAAGAACCACGCAUGCGCGGUGGGACGAAAGUACAGUCUACAUAUUGGGAGUAAUUACAGUGGUCUGGCACAAUUUUGGGCGGGGAUUGAAAUGGCGAGAUUUGGUAUGUGGUGGUGGGACCUGGAUUAGGGGGACGGAAAGGUAGACCGCUUCACAAUACACAUGUUUUCUUCUCUCUGCA